UGGACGUGUGUGGAGCAUACUUCAAGAACCCCUGCUACGUGGGAGCAUGUAUCAACGAUGGCAAGGGCUCCUACUCCUGCAUUUGUCCUCCCAACCACGUUCUGAGCACAACAGUUGACGGCUUCCCAACCUGCGAUCCAACUAAUACCACGGCCACCAUAAUGACAGUCAGUGGAGACAACUGGUGGUGUUCAGACAUUCAUCCACUAAUUGGCCUCUCUCUAAGUGACUUCACUGACCAAAAUAUAGGCAUCGAUUGCAGCCAGCCGUUGCCCAAGGGCAGUGUUCUUCAGCUGGAUGGUACUCCCGCCACACCCUGCACUGCCUUCUUCUACUCCCUCACU